UCAGGGGGUGGGAUUUAUCAGCUCUGACUUUUUCCAUCGCCUCCCAUUGGCUGCCUUGGUCCGGGACCUUCUUUCUCCAUUGGAGGAAGCGACCGUCAAUUCCCGGAGAAGCGUCCUGAGGCGGUUGUCAUGGAGACCGUGAGGCCUGCCGUGGUGCGGCGUCCCCGGAGUGGAAGAGAAGCCAGCCGGGCUCGAGUCGGGAGCAGCUUGGGAGAGCAGGAUGGCGCCGGGGCCGGGGGGCGACCGCCCGAUGUCCGCUCGGGGGCUCGCCCGCUCGGUGGCUCAUAGGCUAAAAUAUUACGUUGAUGUGAAAAGAAAAGAAGAAUCCUUUGAUUCAUCUGGAGUCCUUGGAGAUGAGACUGAAAGCUCAAGUUUGUCCAUAAAGGAGAAGCAGCAGCUGGAGCACGAUUUUGCCAAAAUUAAAUUGGAAGCAUCCUUGCGUGCAUAUGUGGGCAACGCUAAAGAAUGUAACAGAAAAGUCCAGAAGAGCUUAGAAAAGCAAAAGGAUUUGGAAAAGCUUAUCAGAAAGAUGGCACAGGAUUAUGUACCUGUCAGAACAAAUGAAGGCAAAGUUAAGCAUAAAAAAAGGCGAAAAAAGCAAGUGAGCACUCAUCUUCCUGGGCUCCAUACCAUUGCUACCCCUUGUCUGUCCCCAGAAGAAGUACGGAGACUCAUUUCAUCCGCUUCCAAGCUAAUUGUGGCCGCUACCUCUGAAAUCUCUCCAGAAGAACUGGGAACACAAGAACGCGCUUCAUCUCCAGCGAGAAUUGCUGCUCAAGCCAUUCAGUGCUCAAACCAUCCAGGGCAGAACAUUCAUAGCAGCAGCAGCAGCCAGCAACGUCUUUCCUCCACCAAUUCCCACAUGGAUGAAGCUAAGAGUAUACAGGAAUAUAAUGAAGAAUCCAGUGCUGAAGUUCAUCAAAAGCAUUCAGAAAAAAACAGCAGAAAAAAGUUAAAUAAAAGCAGGAAAGAACAACAUUCAAAAGAUAUAAAAAGACCAACUGAAAUUUCAUCAGACACUUCCAGGAACUCUCAUAAACCUAAGGAAGCAUUUUCCAAAACUUUCCUCAAAUCCUGCGACAUACACUCACUCAAUUCUAUAGCUCCAUAUCCACACACUGGGCAAAAUGAAGUAUGUCGGAAAGGUAUACUCAAAAAGAGCAGCUCUUUCUCCUGCACCUCUUCUGCUGUGUCUCAAAACCAAGAAACGAAGCCAAACAUGAAGGGGAAGAACAUCUCAGCCUCCCAGAAAAAUGCAGAAAACUCUGCUGGCCUUUCCUGUAAACCAGCUGGAAUCAAGGCAGAAAAGUCAUCUCCUAGGUCUGUCAGGAUGGUUUCAAGAAGCAGGCCUAGCACGUUUUUGAGCACACGGGCAAGUCUGAGCUCCAGAAAUAUUCCAGGGGCUAAUGGAUAUAAUAUAGAUGGGCAUUCUGCAAAAUCAAGAGCUGAAGUGAUACAUACCCACCGUUCAACAGCCAGAGAAAAGAAUGGGAGGCACCACACUUCUGAGUACACAAUUCUUAAAGGGCAAGAUAGGAAAGUGUGUAACCCAGUUGAUCAGAAAAGGACGCUUGUAGAAAAUUCUCAAAAGCUGGAGCAAGAAAUGUGUGAUUCAGUGAUAAAAGGACUCCCAGAAAGUCACAGGGUCCGCUUCCAAAAGCUUCAACAUGGGUACAAUCCUGGAACCACUGAAUGGAAACCAAACAGCUUGGGUUGUUGGAGUCUGGAUAAUUUACGCGGUCCCUUUUCAGGCCCACCUUCACCAAUUGCUGCAGAAGGUAAAUGCCCUGAGCUUAUGCCGUGUCUCCAAGAGGGUCAGCACAUUCCUGUGAUCGUGUGUGGAUCGUCUUUUCUGUAUCACGUUUGCCAAGGGAUGGACCAAGACACACCGACCAGUUUGGUUAUGAAUGUAGACAGCAGUUUAGAGAAUCAAAAUGCACACCACCUUUUAAACCCCCUGCUCUCUUUGACUGAAUCAGGAGACGGUGAUGCAGUGGAGGAUCCCGGCAGCAGCCUGCCAAUACUGGACACUCUUACAGCAGAGCCGUGGGAGCAGCCCAUGGUAUGUAGCUCCCCUGCGCCUCCAGGUGGCUACAGAUGCCCAGCACCAGCAAGCUACCAGGGGAGAGAAACCUCCAAGGAGCAUGGCUCAGGGCCGCCUCAUGUGACCACAACGGUUUCCGAAAGCUUGGAAAGUGAAGAAUCAGACUUCGCCAUUUCCUCUCCCUCAAGCAGCUGGAGUGCCUGGUCAUUAGCCAGCAUCCAGAAGCAGAUGAGUGGAAAUGUUAAUGCUGUUCUAAAUCAGGAAGAAGAGAAUACUAACUCCAGAAUGGAUGUUCUUGUUAAGGAAGUUCUGAAUGUGAUGCAGAAAAAUAGCAUCUCACAAGAAGGAAGAGAAAUUGGUGAACACCGUGAAAAGCGAAGAUCUUCCGCUGAAGAGGACAAAGCAGAGAAGGGAAAUGAAAGUGGGGGGGUCUGUGCCAAACAAGUAGUUUAUUUUGCUCAGCUGUCCAUAUAAUUUUAGUUCACACCCCCAAACCUGAAGCAUGCAGAGGACUUACAGCCAGGUUUAAUGCACCAGAGUUAGUUCAUUUCUUGCCUCUUGGGAGAGUUUUAGAAAUGUCAAGGCAGCAAUUGCUUUGUUAGCUUGCAUCAGUGUUAUACCGUAUUUGUCAUGCACAUGGGGGUCAAAUCAUCAGCAUUAACAUUUCAAAAAUGCAUUUUUAAUAGUUAUCUCAAAUGUCAGUCUAGUCUUGCCCAGUGUCAAAAGGUUAUGCUCAUAUCAGUGGAAAACAAAUAUUUUGUAAUCAUAGUCAUAUCAUCUGGUGUAAAUAGCAUGCGGGCUCUGUUUUAUGUUGGCAAUUUUGAUAAUUGAUGUUAUGAGGGUUUUUGUAUUUUCCUGUAGUUUGGAAGCUGCCCAAGCACCCCAGGUCCAACCUUCUUUAUCUUAGUCAGCUAUGAUCUCCAUGGUCAGGAUUCUACUGUGGGCACACUUUCAUUUACACACCCUGCAGUGGAUUAGCAAUGUGCAUGAAUCGUGAUAUUGACAUGCGAUUCGGAAAACAUCCCUGGCCCCUUUAAACAGAGGAGAUUAGCUGCACACCUGCUCCUCUGCUGCUCAACGCUACUUCCUGAAUCAGCGGUCUUCCUCCCAGCUAUCUAAGGGCACCGGUGGUGCUGCCCUCAAGCAGUGCUGGCAUGCACAUAGCCCCGGGCAUGGUUAGGAAGGCCAGCAAGGGUGGAAAGACUGUAAAUAAAAAUUACCGUAAAACCUACAGGGUGACAUGAGGAAAACACAAAGCAGUCCCGUAAUCUGACACAGAAGACAAUGCCACAGAAGACAAUGCCCAAUUUGUCCUUUUAAUUUUAGUGGGACUACUUUGAAUAAUUCUCCUCAUCAGCCACAGACUGUCUGAAAUCAUGGAGCUGGAUUUUGAUUUUUAAGAAGUUUUGCCUUCACUGUUAAGAGAAAUUUACAUGAUCAAUUUCAGCAAGGAUCAGAAAUCCAAUGGCAAAAUAGACAAACAUGCCCCACCUUUAACGGAAAUGCUUUCAAUUUUAAUCUGCUUGCAAUUAAUUGGAAUUAAAGCAUUGUUUAACUUUGUUUGGAUUGUGGCCUAUGUCUGAUACCAUGCUUUCUAAUUAUCUCAUAAUUUGGAAGUACUCAACUGAGUGUUUUGUCAUUGUUUUUUAAUGUUAUUCCCAAAUUUGGUCUUUGAGUGAUAUAAUCUGGUAAAACUAAAGAAUGUAUCCAAGUAUAAAUUAAAGAAAAUUGUUUUCAUAAAGCA